UUCAAAGUUUGUCCCCAUUCUGCCUUAAUUCUUUCCACAAAUUGUCUUCAGUUAUCUUCAGUCUGUCCUCUGUUGUCAGUCUGUCCUCUGCCUGUCCCUUUCUUUUCCAGAGUUUGUAGUUACCCUACCCGUAGUUAUCCUCAUUCUUUCCUUUGUCUCCGUCCUCUGUCUUCACAGUUGUCCCUGAAGAGGUGAAGCCAAAGUUUGUGAAGGGAACGAAGCGUUACGGCCGGCGCUCUCGUCCCGACAGUGAACCUCACGCCGCGCUGACCUUUGACUCUGAGGACUCACCACCGUCCAGAACUGAGGCCACGGACUCAUCACCGCCUGGUGUCCGCAGAGCAAAAGUGAGGCGGUCCACGUCCCUGGAGAGCGUUGAGAGCCUGAAGUCUGAUGAAGAGACAGGAAAUCCGAAAAUCACUGAGUCUGACUUUCAGUGUAAAGCUUAUCAGCAGCAGCAGGAAGAGGAGGAGCCUGUCAGAGGCAGAGGGGGCGGGGACCAUGUCCUGACAGCGGUUUGUGAUCACCUGGGCCUUCAAGAGUUCAACACUGAGGACCUGGACUCUCUGCUCCAAAAGAUGUACACCGACCGAGUUAGUGUCAGGGACUUCCAGAAAAUCCUUUGUGGCUCCACCCCCGUGUCCUGCUCCACCCCUGUACGACCCGCUGACCUGCAGAAGGCGCCGCACAGGGCUCAGGUGUUGGAGGACAGCUCGACUCGCUCCACGUCUCCGUCCCUGCUGACGGCCUCUGUGGGACAGAAAGUCCUCAGUCGUCUGGACGACGGCUCGGGGUGGACGAGUCCCGAGAGAGUCAUCGCCGUGUGGACUGAGGAGGGAAUCAGAAACAGCCGGGACAUCCUGCAGACUCUGGACUUCCCUCUGGACGAGCGUCUCAGUCUCACUGACCUCACGCUCGCUCUGGACAAUGAGCUGCUGGUCAGUGGCAACGGCAUCCACCAGGCGGCGCUCAUCUCCUAUAAGAACGAGAUCCAGCACCUACAAGUGUGUGCGGAGCAGUCGUGCAGAGAACGAGACAAAGUGCGAGCAGAUCUGGAUCUGGCCGAUCAGAGGAACCUGAAGUUGGUCAGAGAAGUGGACGAUCGUCAUGCCAGCAUGGAGAUGCUGAACCAGAGCAGGAUCAG